CGCACGGGCAGUGGAAUUUGUAUUAUCUGUAAGAAUCUUGAUUUGUAUUGUAAUUGCAUUUAAGAUAAAUACUUAUUGUUGUUGUUUUCAACGUUUUACCCAUCAGCCUAAAUUGAGAGGGUUCUUAUUUUUUAAUUUUUCGAUCGGCUGGGCGUGCCCUCUGAGACAAACACUGACUCAAUGAGAGCCAGAGGGCAGCAUGUCAGGAGCGUCUACCAACCAGGCCAGAUUGGACAGAAACAAGCCCAAAUACCCUGCCUCGAAAGGAAAUGAGCUGUACAAGAACAAGCCUGUGGCGUUUCAGAACCGAGGGCCGUUCAACAGAUAUGGUCUGCAGAGCGUCGGAAAGCCCGUGUCCGCCCGGAGAAUACCGCCGCCGGCGCAACUCCCCAGUUUGAAGUCUGAGAACAGUGGGAACGACCCGAACGUUACUCUCGUCCCGCUCGGUGGUCAAGGAUGGGGCUCCAAAGACUCGGCCGCUGCUGCCGGCGAGGGCAGUGCCAAGCCGGCGGCUCCGGCGGCGGCCCCGGCCCCAGCGGCAGCACCAGCCGCGCCGGCCGGACCGCGCACCUGGAGCGGCGUCACUGCCGGCUCGGCGGCGCCGGCGCCCUGGAGACCUGUGCGCCAGUCGGCCGGCUUUCAGCGCGAGUUCCCCUCUCUGGCCGGCGAGUCCGAGCCGCCGCCGGCGCCGCAGCCAGCUGCCCCAGCAGCCCAGCACACGGCUGCACCCGCCAUCCAGCGCCCGGCGGCGUCCCAGCCGGCGCCGGCCGCGGAGUCGACCGGAGACGGCGGCGCGCCCAGUCUGCGCCCGACCACGGCCGGCAGCUGGGCGCGCGGCGGCCGCCGGACCGACGGCAGUACCGCGUCUGGCCCGGCGGCGGCGGCGCCCGCGGCCGCGCCGGCUGAGCGGCCCGCAGAGGCGGCGGUGACGGCGCCGGCCCCGGCUCCGACCGCUGCGGCUCGCCCGGCGCCGCCAGCUACGGCAGCCAUCAGCGGGCCAACUUUCAUGCCAGCGUUCAACGACCUGAUGCCGGCGUACAUGCGGCCGGCCGGCCAGCCGGCAUCACGGCCGCCAGCUGCCGCGCUCCCCGCUCGUCAGCCGACGGCGCCGCCCAGCCGACCGCACCAGGAAGCGACGCCGAAACAGCCGCCUCCGCCGCCGGCGGGCGGACUCGAACCUGGGCGGCCCACCAACCAUCGGCCCAUUAUCAAGGAGGAGGACCUGCGCAGCUUCGACGACCUGGCCAACAAAUACGACAAGGGCUGGGCCGCCGGGGUUGACGAUAUCGACUACAACAAGAAGCUGUCUUUCUCGGACGACGACAGUGAGCCGGAGCCGGAGCCGACGCCUGCCAGCCGGUCUUCCAGCCGUCCCAGCGGCCCGUCUGAGCGGCCUGCCGAGCCUACCCGUACCGCAGAGCGGCCGCCGGACCGUCCGUCGGAGCGCGCUCCGUUCGACCGGGCUCCGUUUGACCGGCCGGCGUUUGACCGCGGUCCGCCCCGGCCAGGACCGAGCGACUGGCGCAGAGACGGUCCGCCGCGGCCCGGCCCGGCCGCCUACAACGGCGGCCCGGGCAGUUACCCCGGCAACAGCGGCAGCGGGUGGCCGGUGGCCGGCCGGCCGGACCCGACUGAGGUGCGCCGCCGCGCCGUGGAGGAGGAGGCCGCCUGUCGCCGUCAGGCUGACGAGGUGGCCGCGGCCACGGAGCGCGCCCGCCGCCGCCGCCAGGACGAGGAGGCGCGCUUCGACCGCCGGCGCCAGGAGUCGGCGACGGCCCGCGGCCCGGGCGUCUACCAGCCGCGCUUCCAGCGGCAGCAGUCGGGCGGUCCCGAGGACGGGAGGACGGCGCCGGCGGCCGGCGGCCGGGGCACGGUCAGGGACAACCGCUACAGUGACGAUGUCAGGUUCAGCCAGCGCUCAGACGGCAGGGACGGACGCGGAGGCACACCACCGGACAGGAAUCGGCUACAGAACAACUCUCGCGGUCCGCGCCGUUCGCCGCCCGACGACCGCCGGCGGCAGGAGGAACCGCAGGAGGAAGAGGAGGACGAGGAGCCGCGCAACUACGGCUCCUCCUGGGUCGACCAGCUCGAGGUGGAAGUCUCCCCGGCGCUGGCGGCCCUUCAGUGCAGCUCUGACCGCCCUGAUACUAACGAUAAACACAACUCUACGGCGCCUGCGUCCUCGACGAAGGCUGUGGACACCGACAAAGCCCCAACUCCGGCUAACUCCACCAAUAGCAGCGUCAAGCCAGUGACCAGUACCGCAGCCAGCAGUGGUGGUGGCGACUCUCGGGACGGCGACCUUAGGCGGGAUGAGCAGGAUGUGCGGCGGCAGUCAGGUCACCAGCCGCCGUCUGCCAGGGAGCGACCCGACGACUCUGAGCGGCAGAGACAGCCGGCGGCGCCGCGUCGGAGUGACAGCGAUCGCAGCAGGACGUCGGGUAGCAGUGAGAGCUCGACCGAGCUGUCGCAGGACGGAUCGACCGGCAGACAGCGGCGAAUGGAGCCCGGCCGGCCGGCACCGCAGCAAUCGCAGCAGCAGCAGCACUAUCCCCAGCAUCAACAGCAGCGAUACCAGAGCAGCGUGGCUCCACCCCAGACCGGUCGUCUUACCAGCACGGCCCGGGCCCUCUCGGCCAUGAUGGACGGGGAGCGGGCAGAGCCGGCAGAGGAGGAGGGGCACCAGGGCGGCCCGCUCGGCGGCGAGCUGCGCAUGGACGAGCCGGGGGAGGCCGAGGCGCGCAGACAGCGCAGGGACGACCGGCCCGGCCGCCGCGCCGCCGAACCACCCGCGGCGCCUCGCACCAAGCCGCACGAGCGCUCCCGCCAGAGCAAACUGCCGCCGCGGCUGGCGCGUCAGCGUGAGUCGGGCUGGUUGCAGCGCCAGGCCGCCGGUCCGCAGGAGAUGGGGAUGUUCGGGGCACCCGCGCCGCCGCCCGGCGGUGGCUGGCAGCCGCCGAUCGCCCCGGCUCCGGGCUCGGCGCGGCCGCCAGUGUCUGUGAGCUGCGCCGACCCCGCCGCCCCCGGGCAGAUGUUCAACGUGCGCUCCCUCGGCGGCGCCAACUUUGACGGCUUUGACGGUGCCAGCGUGCCGGCUCGCACCAUCAUCUUCGAGAACACCAACUUCAAGAACAGCCGCACAGCGCCGAAGCCGGCGCGCAGCCCGCCGCAGCCGGCCGGCGGCGAGCCGCGGGAUGUGACAGCCCCGCAGCCGCCGCCGGCCGGCAAACGGGCGCCGCUCGAGCUGCCACUCAUGCUGGACGGUGGCGACGAGGCACGCCAGAUUCAACUCGACUUCACCUUCGACCAGGAGCUGGCGGCGCUGGCCUCCCGCGCGCCGGCGCCGCCGCCAGGAGUGGCCAUGUCUCGCGGCACGGCCGACCUCAACAUGAAGAUAGCCUCUGUAAAGAAGGUCUGGGACACGCCGGCCGCGCCGCCGCCGCCGCGUGGUGUUCCCUCUGAGGAGCGCGCCAGCAGUGGCGAGUCGGCUGACCGGGUCGACAGAGACGACUCGGGGCUGGGCUGGGAGGAGCGGCCCGCCGCCAGUCUGACGUUCCCGGCCGCGGCCGCCUCGCCCGGCGGACCGGACGCAGACGCGGCUGUCUCGGCCCCGUAA